AACAUCCACCCACCAAACUAACCUGACCGCUUUCUGCACCUGUUGGCCCCGCCCACGCUGACAUCACAGAGGAGCACUAACCAGAGUUUCAGGAUCCAGAAACGCCUGACCUGACAGAGAGGAAGGAGCAGCACGAUGGCAGAGUCGACGGAGCUGUUCACAGAGCAGGAGCUCACCUGUUCCAUCUGCCUCGACCUGUUCACCGACCCCGUCUCCACCCCCUGCGGACACAACUUCUGCCAGGCGUGUAUCGGUGGUUACUGGGCGUCCAGUGCCGUGUCCACCUGUCCACUGUGCAAACAUCAGUUUGAAGGACGUCCUCAGCUCAGCAUCAACAAAGUCUUUGCUCAGAUCGCAGAAAAGUACAAACAGACUCACUAUGCACCGUUACCGUUGCCCUUCGGUAAUGGGGCGCCCGGCGCCGCGAUGGCGGGCGCCAUGAACACCAACCCCUUCCUGACGCCUGAGCCAUCAGUAGCUCAGGCGAACGGGGACGUAGUGUGGUGCGACGUUUGUACGGGAAUCAAACAGCCCGCCGUCAGCUCCUGUCUCACCUGCACCGCCUCCUACUGCACUGAGCACGUGCAGCCACAUCACACCACGCCAUUCUACGCCAAACACCCCCUGAUGGACCCCCAGGAGGCCCUGAGGGGCCGCACCUGCUCCGUCCACCGGCGCCUGAUGGAGGUGUACUGCAGGACGUGUGAGAGCUGCAUCUGUGCCAUCUGCGUGCUGGAGGAACAUCGGAUGCAUAAAACUGUCUCCGUGCAAACUGAGAGGCUCAGCAAGCAGAAACAGGUGUCCAGGACGGAGCAGGAGAUCCUGAACCGGAUCAAGGAGAAGGAGAUCCGUGUGACGGAGCUGAAGAAGAAGCUGGACAGCCUGCAGAGCCAUGCUGACAGAGAGCGCGGCGAGGUUGAACACCUGCUGAACGACCUGUCCGGCUCGUUGGACCAGAUCCGGUCUCAUGUGGUGGGCGGGAUCGUGACCCAGCUGGAUGCUGUGAUGACAAAGGGGGACGGGAUGGUGAACCGCCUGGAGGAGGAGCUUAGCCAGCUGACAGAGAGGAGAGCCGCGCUGGAGGCGCAGGCUACCAGUCAAGAUCACAUCGCCUUCCUGAAGACAUACGAGGCGACCACGGCUCCUCUGGCCGAGGAUCUGCAGGCCCAGGCGGAUGACGACUCGCAGCUGGUGCUCCACUUCCAUCUGGGCGAGGUGAAGCUCGCUUUGUCCGAGGUCAAGGAAAAGAUGGAGGAGAUCCGGACCGGGGAGAUCCGCUCGCGAGGACUGCGAGGACCCCGAGGAUCCCGAGCGGACUCCUUUUCAGCCGGUGACAUGAUGGCGGCCGAGAGCAUGCUCAGUCUGAGAGCCAGCACGGCCAGUCUCAGGAAGAGCCAGUGGUCCCUGAAAGACCUAAAGAAGAGCAAGCAGGUGUCAGGAUACAAGAAGGCCCGACUCUACAUGGAGGACGUGACGCUGAACCCGGUGACGGCGUAUCCCUUCCUGAUCCUGUCCGAGGACCGUAAGCAGGUGAAGAGAGGAGAGAAGCUGCAGUUCUACAGAAACAGCCCGCACAGGUUCGACGUCUGGUCCUGCGUCCUCGCCAAGGAGGGAUUCAGCUCCGGGCGCCACUACUGGGAGGUGUGCGUCGGGGAGAAUAAAGACUGGAAGCUGGGCGUGGUCAGCGAGUCGGCUCAGAGGAAGGGUCUGUUCGAUAUGUGCCCGUCUCACGGAUACUACGCCAUCUGGUGGAGCAGCAGCCAGCUGAGGGCGCUCACCACGCCACCGCUCACCAAGGUCAAAGGUCACCACCCCAAGCUGCGACAGGUGGGCGUGUUCCUGGACAUGGAGGAGGGUCAGGUGUCCCUUUACAAUGUGAAGUCGGGCUCAGAGAUCUACAGCUUCCACACAUCCACUGAGUUCACCGAGAGGAUGUUUCCUCUGCUGGGGACCGGAGACAAAGAAGUCCCCCUGAUCCUCCUCACCACGCUGCAGCACCCGGCCUGAGGGACUGGGACCAGAACCGGGACCAACCGGAGGGUCAAUGCUGAGCGAACUAAGAGCAGAGGAACUGCAGGUGGAGUCGAAUCGUCCUCACGUUGAUCUCCAGACUCUGCAGUGAGACUUGAAACAACAAAGGAUGUUUGUCUCGUUUUGUCCCCGUUAGAUCCUGACAGGCGAUGGUUUUGUAAUAUCGAUCACUGAAGAACGAUGUGCUCUUACAGCCAGAGCUGCUUCUUAAAUUUGUAAAUAUGGUCAUAAAAAUACAUCAAAUGAAUCGAGGGA